AUGGCGGCGGCCUCUGGACCUUCCUUCUGGCUGGGCAACGAAACCCUCAAGGUGCCGCUGGCGCUCUUUGCGCUGAACCGCAGGCGCUUGUGUGAGCGGCUGCGGAAGAAGCAGGAGGUACCAGCCGGUGCGGUGGUGCUGCUGCAGGGUGGGGAGGAAACCCAGCGCUACUGCACGGACACUGGGGUGCUCUUCCGGCAGGAAUCCUUCUUUCACUGGGCGUUUGGUGUCACUGAGCCAGACUGCUAUGGUGUGAUUGCUGUUGACACCGGGAAGGCGACCCUCUUUGUGCCCAAGCUUCCUGCCAGCCAUGCCACGUGGAUGGGAAAGAUCCACUCCAGGGAGUUUUUCAAGGAGAAGUAUGCCGUGGAUGACGUCCAGUAUACAGAUGAGAUUGCCAGUGUUCUGACGUCACGGAGCCCCUCUGUCCUGCUCACUCUGCGCGGUGUCAACACAGACAGCGGCAGUGUCUGCAGGGAGGCCUCCUUCGAAGGCAUCAGCAAAUUCAAAGUCAACAACACCAUUCUUCACCCAGAGAUCGUGGAGUGCCGAGUGUUUAAGACGGACAUGGAGCUGGAAGUGUUGCGCUACACCAACAAGAUCUCCAGUGAGGCUCACCGAGAGGUAAUGAAGGCUGUAAAAGUGGGAAUGAAAGAAUAUGAGAUGGAAAGCCUCUUCGAGCACUACUGCUACUCGCGGGGUGGCAUGCGCCACAGCUCCUACACUUGCAUCUGUGGCAGUGGUGAGAAUUCAGCUGUGCUGCACUAUGGACAUGCCGGGGCCCCCAACGACCGGACAAUCCAGGACGGAGACAUGUGCCUCUUUGACAUGGGUGGUGAGUAUUACUGCUUCGCUUCUGACAUCACGUGCUCCUUUCCUGCCAACGGCAAGUUCACCGAGGACCAGAAGGCCAUCUACGAGGCAGUGCUGCAGAGCUGCCGUGCGGUCAUGAACACUAUGAAGCCAGGUGUCUGGUGGCCUGACAUGCACCGCCUGGCCGACCGCAUCCACCUGGAGGAGCUGGUCCGCAUCGGCAUCCUGAAUGGCAGCGUGGACGCCAUGAUCCAGGUCCACCUGGGAGCUGUGUUCAUGCCUCAUGGGCUCGGCCACUUCCUGGGCCUUGACGUGCACGACGUGGGAGGCUAUCCUGAGGGCGUGGAGCGCAUUGACGAGCCAGGCCUGCGAAGCCUGCGCACCGCGCGUCACCUGGAGCCCAACAUGGUGCUCACGGUGGAGCCAGGCAUCUACUUCAUCGACCACCUCCUGGAUGAGGCCCUGGCCGACCCGGCCCGAGCCUGCUUCUUCAACCACGAGGUCUUGCAGCGCUUUCGAGGUUUUGGCGGGGUUCGCAUCGAGGAGGACGUUGUGGUGACUGACAGUGGCAUGGAGCUGCUGACCUGUGUGCCUCGCACCGUGGAGGAAAUUGAAGCAUGCAUGGCAGGCCGGGACAAGGCUUUCACCCCCUUGUCUGACCCAAAGUAGAGUUUCCA